AUGAAUCGGUCCAUCUGUGCGGGACGUAUCGUUUGCUCCAUGGACUGGCAUCCAGAGCUUUCAGGAGUUUUUGUGGCAUCAUACACCUUUGAAACGCUGGCAACACUAUCCACCAAGGAGAACGAAAGCUCCCGGAAUCCGUCCAAAGACGUCGUUCACCGAAUUAUUUUUGAAAAAUGUCCCAUUUUAAUGUGGACCUUCGCAAACCCUCUGAAACCAUUGCUCGAGCUGAAAGCAAUCCGCGAAGUGACGACGCUGUCCUUCUGUCCGUACGACGGUGAUCUCCUGGUGGGUGGGCUUGCCAAUGGACAAAUAGCGUUGUGGGACUUGAAGGGAGAAAUUGAAGGCGUAGAAAUGGCCUUUGAAACUGCCCGCGAGUCUAAUGAAUAUCGGAAUCAAAUAACGCAGCUUAUGGAAAACAGCUCAGAUGAAUCGAUUAAUCGUACGGUAGCACCGGCAGCAUUAAGUUCAUUAGAGCACGCUUCAAGGAAAGCCAUCAGCAGCAUUAAAUGGCUUCCAAGGAACUAUUUCUGCACCACCACAGGCCAUCUGAAGAAGCAACCGGAAAAGUUGCACCGGUUUUUAGUGACUUCAUCGCUCGACGGAAGUGUCUGCUUUUGGGAUCUCGACUUUUCGAGUCCUGCCAUACAGAAAGUGAUCGCUUCGAAGAAAGCUGCAUCCAAGGUGGUGGAAAAAACGAUCUUCCAGUGUGUGAACAACGUGUUCUAUCCUACGUUUAAGGUUCUUUGUCAUAUCCCAAUCACCACGGUGCUCAUAGACGAGGCGCUGUAUCUCUCACAGCCGGAGGAAUGUGGAACAGAUAUCACCCGACGCAUAAAACACCGGCUUAAACCGUUACCCAACGAUUGCACAAUGAUGCUCAGAUUUGGAACGUUAACUGGUUCGCUGCUCGGAGGAAUAUGGGAAGGAUAUGACUUUGAACAGGGCAGUUUGGUUACCGAUGAGCCGAUGCAGGUCACCCAACCAUACAGUCACGUCCACGAUGGACCGGUUGUGGCCUUGGAAAGGAAUCCCAUCCUCAAAGAUACAUUUCUUUCCAUCGGCGGACACGUGUUGGCACUUUGGAGUGAGACAGAUUACAGGUCGCCAAUAUUUUGGCGGAAGAAAAGCGUCGUGAUAACAGCCGGUCGAUGGAGUCUAGACCGGGCAGCUCUGUUUUUCAUAGGACUGGCUAAUGGAGACUUUGAAGUUUGGGAUCUCAAUAUGAAAACAUUCCGUGCUUGUGUGUCUUUGAAUUUGGGAGCAGAAGGUGUAACCAUGAUUUCCCAGCAUCGUUUAGCGAGUGCCCGGCACUGUUUAGCGAUUGCCGAUGGGCAUGCGAAUAUCCGGAUACUUUCUCUAGCCUCUGCAUUGGUGAAUCCAAUUCCAAAUGAAGAGCGUACCCUACGAGAAACAAUACAACAUGAGUUGACUAGAAAGAAGGACCAAUUAGCAUGGACUGAAGCAUAUUACAAACGAAACCCGAUACAAACCGAAGUCCAACUACAAACCGAGAGCAAACCUAAGGAAACCGAAAAAGAAAACCGUGCUUCAGUACAUGAGGCCAAGCCGAAGAAUACACGCGACAUUGAAAAGCGUAUGCGUUUGAGUGAUCGUUUAGAGCAACAGUACAGGGCAAAACACUUCCAGACCCUUUUGGGGAAGCUGAUGCAACGUCGGAACGUCAGCCCGGAACGAAUGGGACGCGAAAUGCGUCCGGAAGUGGAGCGUCGAAAGUACAAUGCUGAAAAGCGUUUCGCGGUUGAGGCGAACGUUGCGAAGGGCGAUGUUGAUUUCGCGAACCUUCAACGUGUUCUGCGCCACGCUGGAAAAACGACAGUAGAUUCUGUUGAGUGGAAAGGGGAUUUGCAUAAAUUCAAGCAGAACAUUGCUAACUACUGUCAAGUUGAGGCCGAGGCCCAUGAAAUCCUACGAGGUCACUAUCUGCCAGAGAUGGAAAAUUUCACGGAAGUGUUGAUGAGAGGCCACGAACGUCGCGACAAGGUGGGUGUGAAAGUUGGUACUAAUAUGGAGCAUUUAGUUAGUUAUGAAAACAAGAGAAGUCUUCGCAGACGAGGGCUCGCUCCUAGAACGCUUCUGGAAGAUAUCAAACCAUUAUCUGAAAUAGUGGAGGAGUCGAAUGAACACGACAAACCAGAGGAUGAACCAGAGAUUGAAUAG